AUGUUGGAGGAGAAGAAGACCAAGGUGAAGAUCAUGUUCUUCGUCAUCCUGGUGGGCAUCUCCUGCAUGCUGGCUGCCAUGGUAACGGACCACUGGACCGUACUGAGCCCGCCGUUCGACAAGUUCAACACCACCUGUGAGACGGCCCACUUUGGCCUCUGGAAGCUCUGCAUGAAGACCGUCUUCAUGGUGGAGGAGGACCCAGAGGGCCAGGGCUGUGGCCCCAUCAGUCUGCCCGGAGCCAAGAACUGCUCCUACUUCAAACACUUCACUAAGGAAGAAGAGGCCAAAGGGUUCGAAGCCAAAACUCAGAAAGAGUACAACCUCUCAGCUGCGGCCAUCGCUGUGUUCAGCCUGGCCUUCAUGACCCUGGGGUCGCUCUGUGUCGUGUGCUCCUUCGGGAAGGGGAGGGACUACCUGCUGAGGCCUGCUGGGAUGUUCUUUGCCUUCGCAGGUCUCUGCAUCAUCAUCUCUGUUGAGGUGAUGCGGAACUCCACCAAGCGGAUGAUUGACAGCGAGGAGACCGUCUGGGAACAGUACUACUACUCCUGGUCUUUUGAAUGUGCCUGCACCUCCUUCGUCCUCCUGGUCUUCAGUGGCCUCAGCCUGUUGAUCAUCUCCAUGCCCCAGAUGCCACGCAACCCCUGGGAGACCUGUAUGGACGCAGAGCCAGACUCCAUGGAGCCCUUAGACUAG